AUGGAGGACCUGCAACUCCAGGGAAGAGCAAAUGGGAGAGCUCAGCUGAAGCCCAGACUGGAGGCUGCCCCCCAACACCUAGAAAGAAACCCCGUGUGUGGCAAGAGUGGGUGUAAAGCUGACUCUGAGCGCCCGAGCUCACCGCCUGGAAGAGCCCGGUCACAAACACAGUCGUUGGAUGACUGGGAAGCACCAGAGGGGGAAGAGGAGGAAAGGAUGGAUCUCAGGCUGCCUCCAGAAAGAGGGGAACGUGGGUGGUCCCAGAUGGAUAACCCCCAGGCUAACCAGCGAGGAGCUCUGCUUCGCCUCUUCAUCCAGGAAGCCCAAGGCAGGCAGCAAUGUGCAAUGUGGUUUCAGGCCACUGUUGUUGUUGUUGUUUUUAAUAGUCUGAUUCUAUUCCUUUUUUACAUGUAUAUACAUAUUCUUUUUCAUAUUCUUUUCCAUUCUGAUUUUUCACAGGAUUAUUGA